AUAUUAACAGGUUCACCUCUUAUUCUAGGCAGGAGGAGAUGCAGUAGGAAGAGUUGAAUUCAUGCAGAUAUAUCGGAGUCGAGAAGUUGGUCAAUCAUAUAUUACCUCUGUUGGGACGACAUUGAUUGCUAUGGCACAUGCGUUGUGGUUGAUGAUCAAGAUCAGAUCCGAAGUGAUCUUGUGCAAUGGCCCAGGAACAUGUGUUCCACUAUGUGUAAUUGCCUUCUUUUUUAAGGUCUUGGGAAUAAGGUGGUCAUCUGUUUUCUAUGUGGAGAGCAUUGCAAGAGUCAGGAAACUUUCUUUGAGUGGUUUGCUUCUUUACAAGCUACACAUGGUUGAUCAGUUAUUCGUCCAAUGGCCACAAUUGAAAGAGAAAUAUCCUCGAGCUCAUUAUGUGGGUUGUCUUAUGUAAAUAGAGUUGUUCCCAAGGUACGUCUCAUAGUCGAACUCCUUUUAUGCUCUUGGAGGAACUUAAUAGACUUGGUUUUCGUAACGGAUGCCCUUCUUCUCUUCGACAGUAAUUUUGCUGUCUUCGUGAGCUAAAAGUUGAUAAUUUUGAAGUUAUAUUCACUGACUUGAAUACACUUACUGGUCACAUAUAAUUGAAAAGAUCGACAGGAUUUUUUUGCUAUCGAA